AAAGUCGAACCGAACCGAACUGAUCUGCACCCCCAACAUCACACUAGGUGGCGUUUCUUCUGCGUCCGUGUGCACGUGCCUAAAUCCUAUCUCCACAUGUCGACAUAUAAUUCUUCAUCAGUUAUAUAGUAUAGGUUCAUCUUGACAAAACUUUCCCACAAAACAGAGGAAAGAGGAACGGUGAAAAUGGGUAGCAAGAUGUUGUUCAGUUUGACAAGCCCCCGACUGUUCUCCGCCGUCUCUCGAAAACCCACCACCACUUUUCUCUCUUCUCCUUCUCCUUCUCCUCCUCCGUCGUCUUCAUGGACUCAGCUCAACCCUGGAAGAUCGAUCUCCUUGAGAAAAAGAUUCUUCUUGUUGCCUGCAAAAGCCACCACAGAGCAAUCAGGUCAAGUUGGAGGAGAAGACGUUGAUAGCAAUAUCAUGCCUUAUUGCAGCAUCAACAAGGCUGAAAAGAAAUCAAUCGGUGAAAUGGAACAAGAGUUUCUCCAAGCCUUGCAAUCGUUCUAUUACGAUGGCAAAGCGGUCAUGUCAAAUGAGGAGUUUGAUAACCUUAAGGAAGAGUUGAUGUGGGAAGGAAGCAGUGUUGUGAUGCUAAGUUCUGAUGAACAAAGGUUCUUGGAAGCUUCAAUGGCUUAUGUUUCUGGGAAUCCUAUCCUCAAUGAUGAAGAAUUUGAUAAGCUCAAACUCAAACUAAAGAUUGAUGGUAGCGAUAUUGUGUGUGAGGGUCCAAGAUGCAGUCUCCGUAGUAAAAAGGUGUACAGUGAUCUCGCAGUGGAUUAUUUCAAAAUGUUCUUGCUAAAUGUUCCAGCAACUGUUGUUGCUCUAGGACUCUUUUUCUUCCUGGACGACAUUACAGGUUUUGAGAUCACAUACAUCUUGGAGCUUUCAGAACCAUACAGUUUCAUAUUCACGUGGUUCGCUGCUGUUCCUUUGAUUGUAUAUCUGGCUUUAACAAUCACCAAACUGAUCGUCAAAGACUUCUUGAUCUUGAAGGGUCCUUGUCCGAAUUGUGGAACGGAGAAUACUUCCUUCUUUGGAACAAUUCUGUCGAUCUCUAGUGGUGGCAAAACUAACUCUGUCAAAUGCACCAACUGUGGAACCGCGAUGGAGUAUGACUCGGGUACUCGGUUGAUCACAUUGCCAGAAGGAAGCCAAGCUUGAACCCUGUGAGAUGAGGAUGGAAAAAGAAGAAGAAUGGGUUUUGUCAGAGGAACAAUAGAUAUGAUGUUGUAUACUUAAGAUCUUGCAUGUUCUUUCACAUGUUUUCUGAUAUCCAAGUAUUGUAUAAGAAAUAAGGGAAAUAUUUUAUGAAUAUUUCUUCACCAACC